AUGUUGUUGGACUACUGCUGUCGUUGCUGUGGAUUCACGCUGAUAAAACGCCACCAUGGACCCUUUUCCCUCAAGACGACGCCCAGCGACACCUGCGUUGUCCUGCAGAACCUGCUGAUGUGCAUGAUCUGCUUCUACUCUCUCUACUACAUCGUGGUCAGCGUCUGCAUCGGGCUGCUCAGGGUUCCUGAGAUCAACAGCUUGUUGGCUCCGUUCGACUACACGACUCAACCGUCAUGGCAGAACCCCAAAUACCUCGUCGGAGUGAUUUCCACAGAAGUGACCUACGUUCUGGGCGGCCUGGUGUUCGCCUGGAUCGUGGAGGAGUGGGUCUGGGAUUACGCCAUAACUGUCACGCUGCUGCACGUCGCCAUGACUGUGGCAGUGAUGUCAGAAUUCCCUUCAGCUGAGCACUGGUGGAUGGCUCUGGGUUCAGGCCUGGUGAUGAUGAUCUUCGGAGGACAGCUUCUCGCCUACAAACUCUUCAGGAGCAACUUUGUGUAUCCAGCUGAGCUACAGAACUUCUAA